AACAAACAGAAAACUCGACCAAGAGGAAAAAAAACACAAGUCACAGAGUCUGACAUACGUGGGCUCCACAAAUAAUUGAUUCGAUUUGAAGCAGAACUCCGAAUUGAGAGAGAGAGAGUGAGAGAGAGUGAAAGGAAUGUGGCGAAGGAGGUUUAAUAGCAUAGCAGGGCCCACGCGCGCGUUGACGGAGAAGAAAUGGGACGCGCUGGUGGUAGGCGGUGGCCAUAACGGCCUCACCGCUGCUGCUUACCUUGCUCGGGCCGGCCUCUCCGUCGCCGUCCUGGAACGCCGCCAUAUCAUCGGUGGCGCCGCUGUCACCGAAGAACUCGUCCCCGGCUUCAAGUUCUCCCGCUGCAGCUACGUCCAGAGCCUCCUCCGCCCCUCCAUCAUCAGGGAAUUAGAGUUAGUGAGACAUGGAAUGAAGUUGUUGAAGCCUAAGGUUUCAUCCUUCACACCCUGUCUUGAUGGGCGUUUUCUUCUUUUGAGGUCAAAUCCAGAGCAGAAUUAUUCAGAAAUUUUGAAGUUUUCGAAGCGUGAUGCAAAUGCUUAUCCAAGAUAUGAAGAUCAGCUGCAUAAAUUUUGUAAGUUGAUGGACUUUCUUUUGGGUUCACCUCCUCCUGAAACACUCUAUGAGGUUUCAUCUUUUAAGGAUCGGUUGAGGGAUAAGUUGAAAAAAUCAGUCUUUUGGAGUCGGUUCCUGCGGCAGGUUCUCUCCUUGGGGCAGAAAGAUAUGGUGGAUUUAAUGGACCUUCUAUUGUCCCCAACAUCAAAGGUUUUGAAUAACUGGUUUGAGAUGGAUUUGCUGAAGGCAACACUUGCAGGGGAUGCUAUCAUUGGAAGUAUGGCAAGUAUCCAUACACCUGGGAGUGGCUAUGUUCUUCUACAUCAUGUAAUGGGUGAAACUGAUGGUGAUCGCAAUAUUUGGUCGCAUGUUGAAGGUGGGAUGGGUUCUGUAUCCUUGGCUAUAAGUAAGGCUGCUAGGGAAGCUGGGGCUCAUAUUGUAACUAGCGCAGAGGUUCUGCAAUUGAUGGUUGAAGACUCUGGCAAAGUAAAUGGGGUAUUGCUGGCUGAUGGGACACGUUUGUAUUCUUCGGUUGUCUUAUCUAAUGCAACUCCCUAUAAGACUUUCUUGGAACUAGUGCCUCCAAAUGCUCUGCCAGAUGAUUUUCUUCGUGCCAUUAAGUACUCUGAUUACAAUUCUGGAACAACAAAAAUUAAUGUAGCUGUCGAUUCGUUGCCCCUGUUCCCUUGUUGCAAGUUGGAUCAUCCAGACGUGGGUCCUCAUCAUUCUGCUAUCAUUCAUAUCGGCUGUGAAAGCAUGGAUGAAAUUGCCUUAGCUUGUCAAGAUGCUUGGAAUGGCUUACCAUCACGAAGACCUGUUAUGGAGAUGACAAUUCCUUCUUCAUUGGACAAGACUAUUUCCCCCCCUGGUAAGCAUGUGAUCAGUUUAUUUACGCAAUACACGCCUUACAAACCCUCAGAUGGUAGCUGGGAGGAUCCUGCAUACAGGGAAUCAUAUGCACAACGAUGUUUCACGCUGAUUGAUGAAUACGCCCCAGGCUUCAGCUCAUCAGUUAUCGGCUAUGACAUGUUGACACCCCCAGAUCUGGAAAGGGUGAUUGGUCUGACAGGGGGAAACAUUUUUCACGGUGCUAUGAGUUUGGAUUCAAUUUUCUUGAUGCGGCCUGUCAAGGGGUGGUCAGGUUACCAGACACCUGUUAGAGGGCUGUAUAUGUGUGGGAGUGGAACACAUCCUGGUGGUGGCGUGAUGGGCGCACCAGGGCGGAAUGCUGCACACAUUGCUAUUAAAGAUAUCAAGAGGCGUUUGUCUUGAUGUUGCUGUUCUCUUUGAAUAUGGCAUGGUAUAAGUAAAAAUGAAAGUGCUCCUUUUGUUCAAUUCUUUUUUCAUAAUGUGUUAACAGUAAGCAUCACUUGUUCUUCGAAGAGAAGAUCCAUUUUCCCCAUCAACCGUUCACAGAAGUCACCUAACUGCCUUGAUGCUGUAUGGCUUUGACUGUAACACUAAAAACAUGAUGUGGUUUGUAAAUUUGGGAUUGCCAUUAUUUUCCUUGUUUGAUUCUCAGGGCUGGACUAAUAAGUAGAUUUUGUGUUGUUUCA